AUUGGGAGGUCCAAAACAUUCCCCACAAUGCAUAUUUUGCCUGAUCUCUCUCUCUCUCCACCCAACAAUAUACACACUAUGAUUUCUCUAAAAGCAGUCCAAACUGCCUUCACUCCCAACCAUGGUCCCUUCCCUGAAAGAGAUUCCUUGAGGAAGAGGAGGCCAAGCCUCUCCCUCUGCAAGUCCAAAGAUUCAGAUGAUUCUGAUCAAGAAAUUCCACCAGAAGGAGACAAGCGCAAGCAGGACCUCCUUGUCAGGAUUGCAAUGCUUCAAACCCAAAAGGUUCGUCUCACCGAUUACUUGGACGAAAGAUCCGAGUAUCUGACCCAGUUUGCUGAGGAAGCCAAUGCCGAAAUCGACCUUAUUGGAGAAAAUGCCCUUAAAGAAUUGGAUGAAGCUGGUGCCAGGAUAAUGGGAAAUAUAGAAAGUCGAAUGCAAGCGUUUGAGGAGUCUAUGGAGCUCAACAAGGUGGAGAUUGAGGAGAGUGAGAAAGUGGUGGAAAACUUCCAAGGCCAAAUCCAGAAGGACCGAAACGAAGGGCUGUUCUUCAAGAACUUGGGGGAGAAAAAACCAGUCGACAUUGCACAAGCUAAGGAAGAGGCGGAGAAGAUCAAGGAGCUGACUAAGAAAAGUGCUGGAUCAGCAAUAAGACGGAAUAUUUACCUUGCGCUGAUGGGGUUGGUAGUGAUCGGAAUCGCUGAUGCCUCAGUAUCUUCAUCACCUGACUGGAGGAAGGUAGCAUUUCUCGGGGUUAUUUUGGCGGGCUUGAUUACUCAAUUCUUCUACGAAAAGAGUAUGUUAUCAGAUACAGACAGCACAGAACAAGAGAAGAGUGAAUGAAAUGUUUCUUUUUGUAAUAUCUCAGAAGAAUGUAGACAUCCCCUCACAUGUAGGCUGUAGCAUUGGUGACUCUUUAUGACAUGGAUUUUGUGAAUACAGUUUUCCUAAAUUCGUCAA